AUGGCGGUCCCAGAGUAUCGCGAUGAAGUCUUGAUCAUACUUUCGAGCGUGAACCCCCCUCCGAACUUUGCGUUCAAAAAACGUCACAUUUUCCUCAGCAAGAAAAGCCCUACGAUUCAAAUCGGCAGAACAAGUAAGAGGAAGACGUCUCUUGAAGCAGGCAAGUCCAACGCAUGGUUCGACUCGGCAGUCAUGUCCCGCAAGCAUGCCCUUCUUACAUUCGACCCCGAAACCCAAAAAGUCUAUAUCAAGGACACAGACUCUCUCCACGGUACAUAUAAGAACGACGUCCGCCUCAACAUAAACGAGGACACAGAAAUUUCGACCGGAGACAAAAUCAUGCUUGGCACUUCUAUUGACAGAGGCAUGGAGAAAUACCCACCCACAACAAUCGAGGCCACUCUUAGGUUCGGCCCUUUGAGCCCUGAAACCCGCGGAAACUCUUUCCGGGUACCCGACGACACUGACUGCGAAGACAUCAGCAGUGACGAGGAUCAGGUACAAAACAGCUGCGAGAUGCUUUACGCGAGACAGUUCCGCCCUGCCCAUAGAACAUCAGCACUGAACAAUGCUCCGAUCGACUUGACGGGUGACGAAGACCGAUCUUUACCCUCCAACCUGUGCGUUGAUGCACCUCGGCUUCAGCCUGUAUUGACACUUCCAAGACUGGAAAAGCAUCUCUCCCAGCCAGAGCAUCUAUCUCAGCCGGUCUCUGACGAUGACGGCAUAAUCCUUUAUGACUAUUCAGAGGAUGAAGAUGAGGAGAUGGGAGAAGACCCUCAAGUGGAUCAGUCUGCAUUUAAGGAGACAGACAAUGUCUUCUCAGUGCCUCACUCUGAUUCUUCAUCUGUUAGUGACGUUGAAGAUAACCGAGAUUCUGCGUCGGUAGAUGAUGGCUUUGACGAGCACGAUGAGUUUGAAGAAGAAGAGGACCUUGCCGAUUUCACCCCUUCAGUGAACAAUGACGAAAAAGUAACCGGCGAUAACCCAGCACAAGCCUCGAGUGCAAACAACGAUACUCCUAAACAGCAAAAGAUCAAUGUCAUUGAAGACCAAACUACAAAUGUCUUCAGCCCGCCCGACUUUUCCCACAGGGCUGCACCUGGCAAAGCUUCCUUCAACAGGAUGGACGAGCUUUAUCCUCUGUCUCCUAUGCCAAAUACCGCUCCCGCUUCCUCUCAGAUGCUGCCUUCAAUCUCCGAUUGGGCUAACAAGUCGUUCACCUUUGAAUCCUACCCACCUAAAGUUGCAGUCGAGGCUAUGGCCAGAAAGACAGGCAAACCCGAGUUCUUUGAGGCAAGGGAAAUCAACAAGGCUAAUGUCGGAAUCAAUUAUGGACCAUGGUCACCCCCCUUGGAUCACUUCCCAACUGCUGCUCCUUGCCACAUGCAAUCGCUGAAAGCCACUGAUCGACUCACUCAGAUCCCACAGAUCCCACAGAUCGACCGAGUUGAUCAAUUGUCACUUUCUGAUUUGACAGCUUCGGGCGCUCGAUUCAUUAACUCCCCUGAAGGUCCUUUCCACCAAGUUAAGCCAGAGAUCACCACUCAAGAGCCCGUUUUGGAUGAGACGUCUGCAUUUAGCUUUGAGCAGAGUAAGAAGCCUUGUGAUGUUGACGGGCCCAUCGCCGAUGCGUUGGCCGAGGCGUUGGCUCCCCAGAAGAAACACCAGGAAGAUGUCACUCUGGAAGGUGAAGCGCAAAUACUCACCGCAGCAGAGAACAAAGACGAAGCAGCUAAGGAAACAAAGGAGCUUUCUGAAACUCCCAACUCCUCAAAGAGAAAUGCUGAGGAAAUCUCUGAGCUCACUGCCGAGGAAGAGAUUAUCGAGUCUGACGAACCCCUGAUCCCUCAACAGGCCACAUGCCGACCAUCCAAACGAACCGCAGGUUCUAUCCGUCGGGAGGAACAUGCGGCAGUCGCACCUCCACCACCCAAGCGUCUUCGCCGCAUGGCCGAAGUCGUGGGAUACGCUACGCUUGGUGGUUUUGCUGUCAUGUCAGCACUCAUUGCCACAGCGCCUGCCCUUUAA